AAGAACUUCGAAAGCUGGGAGGAGGUGGAGCGAGUCCAGCAUCGUGCGACGGCUGUCGUAUCUCCCUAGAAUGCACACGAUAGGCUCUUCACCUGAGCCCACCUCCCUAUAAUUAUCACAACCGGGGACCUUUGUGCGGUACGGUCAUACGGAAGGUUUGAGUCUAUAUUGCUGAGGAAUUCGUUUGAUUAUGAAGUUGGGUAAUUCCGAUUCUGAAGGCGAGUCAAGUUUGGAAAAUAGGCAGUCUCUCAUCUCGCCGAAAGAAAGCCGACAGACGAAAGCAGCUCAGGAGGAUUUGUCAAAGAACAAAGUCCAGAGACUCAUCAUGUUUGACACUUGGGGAAUCCUUCUCGUCCUUCUCGACAUAACUUGCCUUAUACUUGUUGGACUUCCAUUUGCAGUUCUCACGCCUCAGCAUAACCCCUUUAAAAGAGGUUUCUUCUGUAACGAUGAAUCAAUCAGAUACCCCCUCAAAGAGGACACCAUAUCCUAUCAGUUACUUGGGGGUGUUAUGAUCCCUUUAAUACUAAUUGUGGUAGUCGGAGGUGAGUGUCUUGGUGUCUAUUUGACUCGUGUCAAGACCAAAUCGUCCUUGGGGACUAACUACGUGGCACGCAUCUAUAAAGCUGUGGGCAGCUUUGUGUUCGGGGCUGCUGCUAGCCAAUCUCUGACAGACAUUGCAAAGUACUCGAUUGGCCGUCUGCGGCCCCAUUUCCUGGCUGUGUGCAAGCCUGUGUGGGAGCAGAUCAACUGCAAGUCUGAAAGCUACAUUGAGCACUUCACCUGUACAGGGGACAAGACCAUGGUUGAUGAGGCCAGACUCUCCUUUUUUUCUGGUCACGCAUCUUUCUCUAUGUACUGCAUGCUGUUCCUGUCACUGUACAUUCAGGCAAGACUGCAGACAGAGUGGGCCAGACUCCUCAGACCCACCAUCCAGUUCUUCCUGAUCGCAGCGUCAGUCUAUGUGGGGCUGUCACGUGUCUCAGACUACAAACACCAUUGGAGUGAUGUACUGACUGGCCUCUUGCAGGGGGCAAUAGUUGCAACACUCACGGUGUUCUGUGUGUCUGACUUCUUUAAGAAAUCUGUUGAGCCAGAAGAGAUGGAAGAGGAGAUAUCCCACACCAGUCUACAGGACAACCCUUCUAAUGGGAAUCACUAUGGAAGCACAGACUGAAGCAACGGCUUCAGAAGGACAUGCUGUAGCAGAUCAGGCGCGGUGGUGGAAUGCUAAGCCAACGAUGGCUAGCUCCCAGCCACUGUGUCGGAAUACGGAUAUUUAUUUGAACAUGUUGUUGCGAGGCAUUGGCUGUCAUGGUGAUGUAAAUUUGCUUUAACUCAGGUGAGUAAAGUGUCUUCUUUGGUUGGGUGUGUUGAGCUAAUGGUCCAUAGAUUAAAGUCCUGGGUUAUGUGGGCAAUUACGUUGCGUUGGAGCUUGCCAUGGGUUAGGCUUUUGUUUUAAAUGAGUGAGUAAUGAGCGUACAUGUGAGAAGCUUAGCAAGUAUUUACAGAUGUGAAUGGAAUACCCUAUCCCAAAACAAAAAUGGCGACUUACUGAACUCUGAAAUGGUGUACUCAGUGCUGUACAUAUUUUUAAUAAUUCUUAUGCCAGAUUGUUGCUGAUACUUGUUCAAAGCUGCCUGCCAACUUUUUAUGAAUGUCUGUCAGAGAGGAAAUCAUGGUGGCAAAUAUAAAAAGUAACUUUUUUUACUGAAUGCAUGCUGAUUUUUUUUUUUGUACUGUUGUGAAAACUGUAUCUGUGUUCUGAGCUAUGAAAAAGAACAAAAUGCUACCUAUUUUGACAUGAAUAAAGAUGAUCAGAAAGAAA